AUGAAUGAGGUAAGUGGUGAUCAAUAUAAUGAUGGUAUAGGUGUACGAUAUAAUUGUUUUCAUCUUGCUUCAAAUAUGAAAUACGCCAAAGUUACUCAACAAAUCUCCUCUUACUGUAUGAAUGAACCAUCUUGGAAAUUUUACAUUGAGACUGAUUCUUCAUUACAAACAUUUUCUUUUUCUGAUCUUGUCAAACUGAAUAUCACCAGUGACGAUCUUUAUUUAUGGUCAACACCCAUUGACACUAUUGAACAAUAUCAAAUCUAUUUAGAAACAAAGAAUUUCUCUUUAUCGAAAUGGAUAUUUCAUAAUUGUACUUUGCCAAGAUUUGGACCGAUGUGUCAAUAUGAAUUGUAUUCGUAUCAUGAGAAUUAUUCAUCGUUAUAUGAACUUAUUCAUGAUUAUUACGAAAAUUAUAAUGAUCCUAUGGAGAAUAUCACUUGUUAUACACAUAUCCAAUGUCAUCGUGGUUAUUCACCAGCAUGUUUAGAUUGGACUGAGAUUUGUGAUGGGAAAGCUGAUUGUCUUGAUGGAAACUUCGACGAAGAACAUUGUUGGCAACUUGAAUUCCACGAAUGUGAAUCAAAUGAAUAUGUAUGUGAUAUUGGACAAUGUAUUCCCAAUGAAUUUGUUCAAGAUGAUGCAAAAAUUCACGAUUGUGUCGAUAGAUCUGAUGAAAAAACAACAGAUAACAAAGAAUUUCCCUCCGAGUUUCACUAUGAACCAGCAUUUGGAUUCGAUGAUAUCAGAUGUGAUAUGGCAUUUUUGUCGAGAUCUUGUUUCUUCUUUCGUCAAUAUCUAAUCGCAGAAUCGAUGUUUUCAGUGAAAGAUGUUUCAGUGUCAAAUGAAUGUUGGUCAGCUUUCCGAUGUUAUUUUGGUUCUCCCAUUUCACAAAAUCCUAAUGGAUUGAACGAUAUCUACGGUAAAUGUAUGCCUCAAAUAAUCAAGACCUGUCCGGAUAUGUUUUUCUUUCCAAAUAUUCCAACAUUUUUUGGAUAUAUUUAUAUUGGAUAUAAAAAGAACGAUACGCCAAAUAACAAAAACUAUCUCUUACCACAUUUAUGUUCAAACAAAUCUUUUCAUUAUGGAUCAUUGGCUUUAGUUGUCGAUGGAUCCAUCAACAAUACGACAUGUUUUCGAAUAACUCGUUUCGAAGAUCAAUUUUCGAAUUUUAAUCCUGGCCUUUUGUUUCGUUAUCUCCUUCCCAUGACUGAUUUGUAUUAUCAAUUGACUCAAACUGAACCAAUCAUUAAUUUCCCUUUCAAUCGAUGUAAUGAAUCAAAUAUCUAUCAAUGUCAAAACUCAUCGAAAUGUAUUUCAAUCGAUCGUUUAGCAGAUAAUACACCUGAUUGUCCUUCUAAAGAUGACGAAACGAUACUUGAAGAUAGAAAUUCUCAGUUAUUCGCACAAAUUCAACACAAUUAUUACAAAUGUUAUUUCACAGACAAAUAUAUCUCUCGAGUAGUAAUUCACAACGGACAAUGUGAUUGUGGAAUUAAUGAAUACGGGUUUUGUGAAGAUGAAUCCACAUUUUUCAACUUUACGAGAAGAAAUCUAUUUUUUCAGACAACCUGUGAUCGUUUUCAGGAAAUACAUUGGAUAACGGUCGAUGGAAAGAAUGAAACCGAUGAAACUGAAUGUGAACAAUGGGAAUGUGAUAAUAUCUAUACUCGAUGUGAUGGAAUAACGAAUUGUUUACAUGGAGAAGAUGAAAUCGGUUGUGAUCUCUCAUCAUUAUUUAAUUGUUCAUCGAAUGAACGAAUCUGCGUAACUCGACACACAUCACAGUUUUCUUGUUUACCAAUUUAUAAAAUAAACGAUGGUAAAGUCGAUUGUCUUGGUGGGACAGACGAAACAAGCAUUUGUUCAUCCGCCUACGCUACAUAUAAAGGAGAUGAUUUCUUUUGUAUGAAUAAUCAAACGCCAAUAUGUUUGCCCAAUUCCAAAUUAUGCGAUGAACGGAAGGAUUGUUUUGAUGGUGAUGAUGAACAAUUUUGUUUCAGAAAUCGAACAGUUUCGCCGCAAAAGAGCAUUUGUGCCAAUUUCGACUCAGGAUUCAUUUCGCAUAUCGAGAAAUACUUAUGUCUCGCCACAAAAUUUCGUGAAAAAGCCCGUUUUAAACAAUUUACAAUCGAAGGAUUUCAGCAAUCAACUGAAAACGAAGUAACCAAUGCGGUUAGUGGCACACAAAUUCGUUUAUUAGAUAAACCUCGUUGUUACCGUGGGCUUGAUGUACGCGUUUGGCUAAACAAAUCAUCCAAUUCUUAUGCAAGUGCGUGUCUUUGUCCCCCGAGUUACUAUGGAGAACGAUGUCAAUAUCAAAAUCAACGUGUCAGUUUAGCCAUGCGAUUUGUUGUUCCGACACAAUUGCGACAAAUUCAAUUUGCAGCGUUAGUUAUGCUCAUUGAUGAUACAAAUGAACGAAUUGUUCAUUCAUUCGAACAAUUCACUUACUUAUCCAUUCGAGAUUGUCAAUUGAAAUUUAAUCUUUAUUUACUUUAUUCAACUCGACCGAAACGUCCAAAUCGAACUUAUUCAAUUCAUGUUGAUAUCUACGAAAAACUUUCUCUUACAUAUCGAACAAGUUUUCUUUAUCCAAUCAAAUUCUCAUUUUUACCCGUUCAUCGUUUAGCAUUUCGUGUUAAAAUUCCCUCAGAUAGCCACGAUGAUCAACAACAUGAACGUUGUUCAAAGAAGAAAUGUCUUCAUGGAAAAUGUUCGAUCUAUUCGAAUAUCGAAGAAACAUUUUGUCAAUGUGAAGUGGGAUGGUCCGGUCAAUAUUGUCACAUUCCAUUUCAUUGUACUUGUUCGGUAUUGAAUUCCAUCUGUGUUGGUUUAUCCAGUCAUAAUCGAUCGAUAUGUAUUUGUCGAGAAAAUCAUUUUGGGCCUCAAUGUUAUCUUCGAAAUCGAAUUUGUGAUAUUUCACCGUGUGAUAACAAUGGUUUGUGUAUUCCAUACGAUGAUUUUAUGUUACCAUCAAUAAAGCAGAAAUAUUUUUGUAUUUGUCCAAGAGGUUUUAGUGGAGAUCGUUGUGAAGUCAUCGAUACUCAACUGAAUUUCAUCUUCGAGAAAGACAUUUAUUUAUCUCAUUCAAUUUUUAUUCAUUUCCUCAAAAUUCUUUCAUCUAUGAAACCUAACAAAGCUCCUGAAAUUUCCCCAUCGAGAUCUACAGCUUUACAAACGAUAUCGCAAACAACUAAUUCGAUCGAUAUCUAUUGGUCACAACCAUUUCAUCUCGUUUUUAUUGAAACGUUGGAGAAAAAUUAUUAUUUAACUGCUGUUCAGCCGAUUUUUAAUUAUUCAAGAACAAUCGUAAAAAGAAUCGAUUCAUCUCAUCGUUGUCCGUCAAUUAAUGAAUUGGUGAAUGAAACAUUUGCUCAGCUUCAUGUCCUUCGUCGAAUCAAAUCCUAUCAUUCGAUUUGUCGACAAUAUUCUCCUCAUUUACAAUGUUUUCACGAUGAUCUUCAUUUUUGUUUGUGUUACGAUCAUCAACAGAAACGCUUAGCGAAUUGUUUUCAAUUCGAUUAUCAAAUGAAAUUUGACUGUUACGGUCAAAAUGAUUGUAUAAACGAUGGACAAUGUUUUCAAGAUUCACCCGAUUGUCCCAAACGAUCGAUCUGUGUUUGUCGCUCAUGUUACUAUGGAAAUCGAUGUCAAUUCAGUACAAGUGAAUUCGGUUUAUCACUUGAUGCAAUUUUAGCUUAUCAUAUCAUUCCUGAUGUGAAUAUUUUCCAUCAAACCUCCAUCAUCAAGAUAAGUUUUUCAUUAACAAUUCUAUUUCUGGUUGUUGGAUUGAUCAAUGGUAUUCUUACUUUGAUAACAUUUAAAAACGAAAGUGUACUUGAAGUCGGUUGUGGAAUUUAUUUACUGGGUUCAUCGAUAACGACAAUAUUAGCAACGAUUUUCUUUGGAUUGAAAUAUUUUAUUUAUCUUUCAACACAAAUUUCCGCACCAUCAAAUCGAUUAUUUAUGCAAAUUCAAUGUUAUUCAUUAGAUUUUCUUCUUCGAGUAUGUUUAAAUACGGAUCAAUGGUUAAAUGCGUGUGUUUCAAUGGAAAGAGCCAUUACAAUCAUUCAAGGUGUUCAAUUUGUGAAAAAGAAAAGUAGACAAUUAGCAAAACGAAUUAUGAUGAUUCUUUUCGUUUUUGUUCUAUUAACAUCAAUUCAUGAUCCGAUUCAUCGACGUUUAUUUGAAGAAGAAAAUGAUAAUGAGAAUAAGAAACGAAUUUGGUGUAUUGUGAAUUAUUCUUCAAAUUUACAAAUAUACAAUCGAUUUGUAAACUCAUUACUAUUUUUUGUCCCAUUUCUCAUUAAUUUAAUUUCAUCAAUCAUUUUAAUAACAAAAAAAUAUCAUCAACAAUCGAAUCUUAAAAAGAGUGGAUCUUAUAAAUCUACUUUAUAUCAACAAAUUCUUAAUCAUAAACAUCUAUUAACUGCACCUGUCGUAUUAUUUCUUCUUGCGUUACCACGUUUAAUUCUUUCGUACGUAUCUAAAUGUAUGAACUCAAGCAGAGGCUCAUGGAUAUUUCUUUGUGGAUAUUUUAUUUCAUUUAUACCGCCAACGAUUACUUUUAUGAUUUUUGUUAUUCCAUCGGAAUUCUAUAGAGGAGAAUAUCAAAAAUGCAUAACACAAUAUCGAAAAAAACUUCAAAAACAUAUUAGACGAGCUUUGUAA